AUGAUGAGCUCGGUAAAUAACCAAACACCACUACCACCAAUCAAAUACCUUUUCGACUCUCUAAGCGAGCCGAAACCAACGCAAUGUCCGUCCGUAUUCACGACUGCCGAUAGCACCCCAAGAAGAGAACCCGCCCUCUCCCAACAACAACAACAGAUAUCGCCCAUGACAUCGCCGCUAAUGACUCCACCUUUCAUCCACAGAAACUCGCUAGAUUUGGGCAUCCUAGCAAACACCAGCAACAACAACAACAACUUCACAGUGUUGUCCUCACCAAGAGACUACCAUCCAACCACAGCCGCCGUAAAUAACGAGAACCUGGCUCCUCAACAAUCAGCUUACGGAAGACAGUCGAGAGGCCUUUUGCAUCUUAUUGACGCUUCACAGUAUACCGCUGAGUUGAAUCACGCGCCCGCGCUAAUGAGAAGACAUUCCACCAUACCAAGAAUGGAUAAUACCAAGAUCCUGGGCGUCUCGCAACAUCCAUUGUCUAAUAAUAAUAGCAGUAAUAUCUCAGGGAAGAAGCUGAGAAGGAGAGGCUCUGGGAGAAGGUCCAGCUUGCCCAGGGGAACAGUGGAGGUAUUGAAUGGCUGGUUGUUGGAACAUUUGAAUAAUCCAUACCCUAAUGUGCAAGAGAAGAAAUUGUUGCUGGAGUUGACAGGGUUGACCAAAGUACAACUUUCCAACUGGUUUAUUAACGUGAGGAGAAGAAAAGUGUUUAAUGAGAAUUAUGAUUCGUAUUUGAAUCAGAAGAAACCAAAUGCAGGCAUUUAA